AGCGCGCAGAUAUAGAAUAGAAGAAAAACAAGUGUGGUUCCGAGAAUUUCCUUUCGUGUACAAUUGCCGCGGCCAAAUCCCAGGUUGGCCUGUGUUGUCAUAGCGCCAAGUGGCUUGCUUUUUGCUCCAGCCGCGAGCUCCAGCUUGCUUCUUCAAAUCCCUCACGGCCGUGAAGACUGCAACCCCACCGCCACGAUGCUAUCAAGAUCCUCCCAGAAGACGGCGCAGACGCUCCUGCGGGGCGCGCGACCAGCCUCACGAUGCAUUGCUGGCCCGUCCAUGGCUACCCGUAGCAUGGCCACGGUCAACCACGACAUCUUCAAGCCCACCAAGUUCGGGGGCAAGUACACCGUUACCCUGAUCCCUGGUGACGGUAUCGGUGCCGAGGUGUCCGAGUCGGUCAAGCAGAUCUUCAAGGCCGACAACGUGCCCAUCGAGUGGGAGCAGGUCAACGUGACCGGUGUCGAGACGGGCAACAAGCACUCCGAGGAGCUCUUCCGCGAAGCCAUUGCAUCGCUCAAGCGCAACAAGCUGGGUCUCAAGGGUAUCCUCCACACGCCCAUCGAACGCUCCGGCCACCAGUCGUUCAACGUCGCUCUGCGCCAGGAGCUCGACAUCUACGCCUCCAUUGUCCUCAUCAAGAACAUUCCCGGCUACGAGACGCGCCACAAGAACAUCGACCUCUGCAUCAUCCGUGAGAACACCGAGGGCGAGUACUCCGGCCUGGAGCACCAGUCCGUCGAUGGCGUUGUCGAGUCGCUCAAGAUCAUCACCCGCGCCAAGUCUGAGCGCAUCGCCAAGUUCGCCUUUGCCUUUGCCCUUGCCAACAACCGCAAGAAGGUUACCUGCAUCCACAAGGCCAACAUCAUGAAGCUCGCCGAUGGUCUCUUCCGCAACACCUGCAAGAAGGUGUCCGAGGACUACCCCACCAUUGAGUACAACGACAUGAUCGUCGACAACGCCUCUAUGCAGUGUGUGUCGCGUCCCCAGCAGUUCGAUGUCAUGGUUAUGCCCAACUUGUACGGAGGUAUCCUCUCCAACAUCGGAGCUGGUCUUGUCGGUGGCCCUGGUAUCGUGCCUGGCUGCAACAUGGGCCGCAAUGUCGCCGUCUUCGAGCCCGGCUGCCGUCACGUCGGUCUCGACAUCAAGGGCAAGGACCAGGCCAACCCCAGCGCUUUGAUCCUUUCCGCCGCUAUGCUUCUGCGACACCUUGGUCUUGACGACCACGCCAACCGCAUCUCCCAGUCCGUCUACAGGGUAAUCGAGGACGGCCAGGUCCGAACUCGCGACAUGGGCGGCAACUCCACCACCCAAGAGUUCACGAGGGCGAUCUUGGCAGCGAUGGAGAAGGCAUGAUUGCAUCCCGAUGUACUGCAGUCAGCUGUUCCGUGCUCUAUCGCGAAGAUGGCUUCUAUUUUCACACAUGCUUGAUUAGGUAACGCGGACCAACGAGGAGC